AGGGAGCGGUUGACUGGGGCAGACUUUCACUCGUGUGGCUGAGCGAGGCGGAUGUGUAUUGUGCAGCGCUGGCUAGUGACUUAAACGCUCUGGACGUGACUCCCUAUCAUUGACAGUGCCUUCAGAAUUACUCCAGGAGGCUCCAUAUCAUCAGUACUUCAUCCGUGAUCCAGUAGGCGGCCAGGGGCUUCUCCAGCAGCCGCCGUGACGGGCCACUCACUACUUCCGACAGCCUCCACGUGACGCUCACAGUGUGCUGCUCCUUCUUGGCUCCUCCACACCUAGUGAGGGUGUUCUACCGGAGAGGAGUCUUGUACGGGCAGAUCAAGUUUGUGUGGACCCGUAACCUGAAGUUCGUGGCAAAUAACGAGUGGAAACUUCACCUGAAGCAACUCGUGUCUCCUUGCGCGGGUGGGCGGGGGCCACCCUCGUGGGGGAAGGAGGCGAGCCCGGGAAAGGAAAGGCAACUCAGGUAGCGGAAGGGGGUGGGCUCAGUGGAGCUUUGGAAGGCGUCGAGUGAGGACGUGUGCGCCAGGACUCAGAGUGUGUCUCAGCCACAUGUGAUCGGUGGUGGAUGAUGAGAGGAGUUUGCCUUUGUUAACUGACAGAAGAGACUCCCGCAGUGAUGGCGCGCUACCUGACGCUGCUGACGGCCCUGUGUCUGGCGGGGCUCUCGUCGGGAUUACAAUACGCCGACAUACAGUUGUUGAACUCGACGUGCACCCCAAAGGACACUUGUAACUUCGGCAAAGGACCUCGUCUGGGGGACUCCACGGACUGGAAGGCGAGGAACUGUUUCUGUGACGACCUUUGUGCCGACUACGGCGACUGCUGCGUGGACGCGAGUGCGUACGUGGCGGAGCAGCAGGUGACGGCCGUGGAUCACUACCAGUGCGUGCAUCUGAGGCACUUCGGGGAUCUGUACAUGAAGGGGACGUGCAUGGCUGGCUGGGAGGACCAGGCCGUGGCUGACCUGUGCACCAGCCACUCCCCGGACUCCAAGACGCCGCGGCAGGACCCCCUCUCCACCUUCCCAGCCACUAGUUAUGCCACUGCCGUCACCUACUCCAACUACUACUGUGCCGUCUGUAACAACGACUCCACGUCCCUGCAGCUCUGGAGCCCCCGUCUCGAGUGCCCGACGCUCGCCAGCUACCAGUCCCGCUUCAAGAACCUGACGCAGGAGUACGUCACUUCGAGGCUUGUCUACAAGGACAACAAUUGGGGUCUGCACAUAGAGGACGGGGGCUUCCCUAUCUUCCACACCUGCUUCCUGGACCCCAUGAUGCCCGAGACGGUGGGGCACCUAGUGAGGCCGUGCAAGCACAAGGUCAUGACAUGUGCCGCCGACUGGAACAACACGGAGGUGGAGGACAUGUGCCACUCCUACACGGCCGUCGUGUAUAAGUUUGACCAGGCCUUCAGAAACCCCCACUGUGCCCUGUGCAGUCACGUGGACCUUGAUGACCUGCUGUGCCAGCACGGGGUGUUCACUCGGUUUUAUUUUAGCGACGACUUCAACCCCAGCGCCUUCGCGUUGCUCUUCGACUACGCAGACGGAGGCGGGAAUGCUGUGGGCGCGGCCUGUGAGAACGGCGAGGUGUUCGACCCGUUUUUCAAGAAGUGCAGGAAUGUGGUGUGUGGGAAGGCCGAUCACCAGUACAGGUUUGGCCGCUGUGUUUACGUCGGUGAGCCCACCACCUCAUCCACCACAACCACCACUCCGCCAUCCACCACCGCUGACGAGGAGGAGCGCUCCGACUACAGCGAGGAAGGUCUGGACGUAAACAACUCCACCACGCCCCUUCCUGAGGAGGAAACCCCGACCUCUAUGCCCCCCAUCGCCUUGCCCGGGGGCCCGGAGGUGGCCGCCCGCCCUCACAACACAAGCAAGUCUCAGUCCCUGUCGUGCGAGAGGUUCCUGCUGCCGACCGACGAGUACACCAUGACGGACAACGGCACGGUGGUGGUGGAGAAGUACGGACGCACAUACCUGCCCAACGAGUACGAGAGGAUCGAGGGCGGCAUCCUGGUGUGCAUCAUCCAGCCGGAGGUGGGCAAGUUUUCACGCCUCAUGGGUUGGGUGACGCUGGCUGGCCUCGGCCUCUCCUGCGUCUGCCUCAUAAUGCACCUCAUCGCCUUCGUCAUUGUGCCUGACCUCAGAAAUUUGUCCGGCAAGAACUUGGCGUCCCUGUGCCUUGUGCUCCUCGCCGCCUACGCCACCUUCAUCCUGAGCGUGUUCGGGGAGCCGGGCAAGCGGGAGUGCUUCGUGCUGGCCGCCGCCAUGUACUACUUCUUCCUGUCGUCCUUCUGCUGGAUGAACGUGAUGGCGAUGGACAUUUGGCGCACUCUGCGGCUGGCCACCUCGGAGCUACGGGUCAGCUCGGGGAAGCAGUGGGUCAAGUUCAUCACUUACUCCCUCUACGGCUGGCUGGUGCCCGCAAUGGCCCUCGCGGCACUGGUGACCCUUGACCUGGUGCGCCCCGUGGGCAUGGCAGCCGAGUACUACCCGUACCUGGGCGAGCGGUGGUGCUGGUUCGGCCACCGCAAGGCCCUGCUCGUGUUCUUCGCGGCCCCGCUCAUGGCCAUCAUGGUGAUCAACAUCGUGCUGUUCAUCCUAUCGGCACGCAUCAUCGCCGAGACCACGCAGUCCACAGCCAAGAUGACCACCUGCUCACCACACCACCACCAGUUCAAGCUGUACAUGCGCCUCGCCCUCCUGAUGGGCGUGUCGUGGAUCAGCGGCAUCGUGGCGGGCUACCUGCAACUGGAGGUCAUCUGGUACAUCUUCGUCCUCUUCAACACCCUGCAGGGCGUACUGCUCUUCCUUGGGUUCACGUGCACCAGGAAGGUCUGGCACGUAGCUGGGCCUGGCUGCUGGCGGCGGCUGUUCCUGACCCGCCGCGGGCCCUGGGUGGUGCGCAGCCCCUCCUCCAGCAGGCAGGGGCUUGAGUCGCGGGACUCUCAUGACUCCCAGCUGUCCCAACACUCCCACUCCUCCGUCACGCAACUCGCCUCGAACUCGCGCACGUCCGUAGAUGCCUUUUAGGGCCUCACCCACCUUGUUUGUUCCUGAACGACCUGUGUGAGGAAGUGUGUGUGUGCUAAAGUGAAUGGUUGGAGUGAAAGACGUGUGCCCUGAUGUGUAUAAGUGCAAGUGAUGGCGUAACUAUUCAGCGAGGGCAGAAGAGGUGUGGCGUGUGUGCGUGUGUCGGUGGAGUCUGCCGAACGUGACCUUAUGCUAGUCGUGUGCUUCCUUUACUCACUAAGGUGCCUCCUGCCUCAGUACUUCUUAGGGUGGCGGUGGCGAGUCUUGGAUGUAAUUGUGCUUUUGUUGAAGUUUCACGAGUCGAACUUGCAACAGAUUUUUUUUCCUGAAUGACUCGUCUACCAAAGCGUGUAACUGAAUGUCUUGUUUUGUACUCCUAAUUAUCUUGUGUAACGUUUCAUGGCGUGUAAAUUAAUGUUUGGUAAGUAAUCAAACCUUUUCUGUGUCCUCAAAAAUAUGUGUGUGUAUGGAUGUCAAGAAUACUCACAAAUCCCUACUUGUUUGGUGUGCGGGUGACUGCGUUAUGGGUAUUCUCGUGCUUUUUUAUAUUAUCGUGUCAGAUGCCUUAUUUUUAUUUGAGAGUUCAGCCCGUGUGCAGGGCCACAGUGUAGUCAAGUGAGUGUAAAUACGAAUGUACAUAUUUUGAAUAUACUUUGUCAUUUUGAAAUAAACAUUAUCUUAUG